ACUUACUUUUUACUCUAUUUGCACCCCCCUACUUUUUCAUCCAAACAACAAUUUACCCCUCCACUUACACCCUCCACCAAGUUGCACCCCCCAACAAUUUACCCCUCAACUUGUACCCCCCUCGAACUUGCACCCCCCUUGUUGCCAAACAUAGUGGAAAGGACGACCGAAAUCUGUUUGGUUUCCGUUGGCCCCCAAUUUCUCCAUCCCCAAAUCGGGUAAAUCCCUUACCUCUCUUAAAUGGAAUCAUCGGAGAAGCCGAACCACAGCUUCCCGCCGGACGACGGCUGGUUCUUUGAGGCCUUCGACGACUUCCCCUUCGAUGACUGCUUCAGUUGUAACGACCAAUCGGAUCAAUCCACCUCCGACUCCACCGUCUCCGAACCUUCCACCGAGAUUUCCUCUCCCCGGACUACCCUUCGCCGUCGACCGGUCCCUGGUCGCGGGUUCGCUAACGAUGAUGAAUUCAAGCGAUCCGAUAAGGAGGAAGCCUCUACAAUCGCCUCCUCCGUCACGCAGCGUGACAGUAAGAACGCGAUAUCGUCGGUAGAGAAAGAGAAGGCCUUUUACCCCGAUUUGAAAGAAAUCGGGAGCGAUUCGGAGAUAGUUGAGUCUUCGAAGGGUACAGAUGAAGUGGAAUCGCCUUCAUCUCAAAAUAUUGCAGCCGUGGACGGGUUAAGCGAAGAUGCGAAGAAGGAAGAAAAGGAAGAGGAGUCUGUGUUGACGGCCAUGGAAUUGGAUAAUGAUAGAGGAAGAGGAGCCAUCGACUCGCCGCGAGGUGAAGUGUUUGAACCGCCUUCUUCGAAUCUGCUUGAAUUGAUAGCUGGAUUGGUGAUUAAAGCAGCUGGAUUCCAACUCAAUUUGAUCCUCAGUUUCGUUUCUUUCCCUUUAUGGGCUCUCUACUGCUCCUAUAUGUUUGUCACCGAUCCAUUUGGCGUUACAAGGCGUGGCAAGAGAUUCUUGCUGCAGCGGUCGCUUUCCAUAUGGAACUCAACUGUUGGGUGUUUGAGUUCUACGGUGAAUGAUUGGUUAAAGGAGCAUCAGACGAAAUGGAAGCUCUUGCUGGGAGUUGGGUGGGGGUUGGUUCUCUGCGUUUAUGUUUGUAUCAUUUUGUGUGGAUUGCUGGUCAUGGCAAUUAUGGUUAGCAGCUUGCUGAUGAAGUUUCUGGUGGAAGAGCCGUUGCAGAUAAGGGAGGAAUUGAAUUUCGAUUUCACACAGAGCAAACCGGUGGCUUUUGUUCCAAUGGUCUCUUGUCCUGGUGUUGGCUGUGGUGUCGACUGUAAAGAUAGUAAGGUUGGGGAGAUCAUGAGUUUCAGGCAGAAAGUCAUACCUCCCAAGCAUAAAGUGCAGGCUACAGUAUCGAUGACUCUGCCUGAAUCAGAGUACAACAGAAAUCUCGGGAUGUUUCAGGUACGGGUGGAGUUUCUCGCAGCUGAUGGCAGCGUCCUCGUGAGCAAAAGCCAUCCAUGCAUGUUGAAGUUCAAAAGCGAGCCAAUCCGAAUUCUUUUAACUCUGUUUAAAGUCGUGCCCCUUGUUGCGGGUUACAUAUCCGAAUCCCAAACACUGCGGUUGAGGAUAAGAGGUUUAGCAGGAGGUGAUGUACCGACUUCCUGCCUCAGGGUGAUGAUUGAACAGCGAGCCGAAUUCAAUCCCGGUGGUGGUAUACCAGAACUGUACGAUGCCUCCCUGGCCCUCGAGUCUCAACUCCCUUUCUUUAGAAGGAUCAUAUGGGGUUGGAAGAAGACCAUCUUUGUGUGGAUUACUCUCAUAUCCUUUGUGAUGGAGUUGCUGGCUGCUCUAAUAUGUUGUAGACCUGUAAUUCUCCCGAGACCUAGGCCAAGAAAUGUUUCUACUCCUGAAGUACACAGUUCUAGUCGAAACAAUCUCCCCAAGCGAAGGUAAAAUUUCCAUUUUGCCUUGGGGCGUGUAUGUAUCUGAUUGUAGCAGUUAAUUGAACAUCGCUCACUCAUUAGCUUAUGAAAUCCUGACUAUACUGUUCUUCUUUUAGUUUCUAUUCAGAGUUGUGUUCCAAAUGUACAGGUAACGUUAUCCCAUUGGUUAUUGGAGUUUGAGGCCAAGGUCAUGGUUGUCUAUAAGCGUCCAUUAGACUGGAUGCCUGAGAUGGUAUAAACAUUGUGCAUGCGCCACCUUUUUCAAGAGCUAAAUUAGAUUGUUCUGAUAAACUAAGAAUCAAAUGGGCACGUUGGAUCGAAUAUUUGACCGCCUAAAAAGGAUUUGCAACAAGAAUCAUGUGCGUUUGGAUAAGUAAGAGCUCAGAAAAUCAAUGUCAGAUGAUGCAACCUGGCAUGGUGCAUACAGUCCGGUUGUGAGAUCGUGCUCAUAGGGACUUGUGGAUUAUGUGUUGAGGUUUUAGCAACGGUUGGAUCAUGGAUGAAUGCGGUGACAUAAUAAAUGUCACAGCAUUCA